AUCGCCCCAGACUCGCAACGCAACAACGUCGCGCCAAUAAUCAAUCCUUCCCCAGCAAAACACAACACAGAGAGAGCCUAAACCUUCGUCCCUCCGAGAUAUACAUAGAUGGGCAGAUAAACGCGGCUUCUCUACGCGUGAGAUCGGUGGGAUCGAUGGCGGGAGUGGGGCGGGGUUCGCGCGCCGCCGGGAAGCGCGGGGCCGGGGCGUCGGCUCCUUCUUCGUCCGCGGCGGCGUCGGCGUGCGUGUACUACGCCACGACCGGGGUGCUGGUGGCGCUCUGCGUCGCGGGGGCGUGCUUCCUCACGUCGACCUCGUCCGGGCCGGUCAACGACGAUGUCGGCGGCCGGGAGAAGGGCGGCGCCGCGUCCGUCACGGCGUACCGCCACACGACGCGCUCGUCGUUCGCGUACGAGGUGACCAGGGAGAAGACGGCGCCCUCGCCGCCACGCGGCGGCGCCGAUGGGGGCGGCAAGGCGAGCGUGGAAGAGGACGAGAAGCAGAUGGCCGUCUUGGUGGACGUCGUCGACCCUCACGCGAAGCCUGAUCUGGAGGAUCCCCGGCGUGUGUCCGGCGGCGAGGACGAGGACGGGCUGCCCAAGAGCGUCGACGCAUCGGCGGAAACGAUGGACGAAGACCGGCCACGGAACGAGGCCGGCGCCGAGGAAGAGGAAGGGGAUCAGGAGGCGCCGAGCACGGAGAGAGAGCAAGAAUUGGCGCAGGGGGAGAUCGGCGAGGGGGAGGACGAGCCGCGGAGCGCGGCGCAGAUGAUGCCGCGCGUGGCGGUGGUGGAGGAGCGGAGCCUGGACGGCGGCAUCGAGGAGGAGAGCAAGCAGGCGCGGCAGCGGGAGAGCGACGAGGAGGAGCGCGCCAUGAUGAGCGUCGGCGACGAGCAGCUCGGCGGCGGCAAUGGCAAUGGCGGCGUCAUCCUCCGCCGCGAGGCGCAGGAAGAAGCAGGGGACGAGGCGUCGUCUGCGGCUGCGGCGGCAGAGGAGGACCGCAGCAGCGACCAAUCGCAGGCAGAAGAGGACGGACGCGACGCCGCCGCCGAGGCCGUCAAUGGACAUGGCCUGGAAGACAGCGACGAGAAGGCAUCCGCCGUGACGGAUGACUUGGACGGCAACGGCAAUGGCGCCGCGUCCGGCGUCGUGGUGGACUCGCAAGACCGCGGGGAUCAGGAGGAAUCUACGGCGGCGUCGGGCGCCACCGGAGGAUCAGGAGACCAGCAGAUCAGCGCGUGGGCGACGCAGGCCGACGAGUCGCACCGGGAGAAGGAUCGGCGCGAGGAGGACGCGGCGGAGGGCACACAAAACGACGAUCAGCAGCACGAGUGGCGCACUUGCAACGUCAAGGCCGGGCCCGACUACAUCCCGUGCCUAGACAACGAGAAGGCCGUGAAGAAGCUCCGGCCGGAGAACUUCCGGCGCUACGAGCACCGAGAGCGCCACUGCCCCGACGAAGGCCCCACCUGCCUCGUCCCUCUCCCCAGAGCCUACCGCCGCCCCGUCGAGUGGCCCAAGAGCCGCGACAGGAUUUGGCUGAGCAAUGUGCCGCACACGAAGCUGGUCCAGGUGAAGGGGCACCAGAACUGGGUGAAGGUGAGCGGGCAGCACCUGACGUUCCCUGGCGGCGGCACGCAGUUCAUCCACGGCGCGCUGCACUACAUCGACUUCCUCCAGCAAUCCGUGCGCGGCGGCGGCGGCGGCGGCAUCGCGUGGGGGAAGCGGACACGGGUGGUGCUGGACGUCGGCUGCGGCGUGGCCAGCUUCGGCGGCUACCUCUUCGAGCGGGACGUGGCCACAGUCUCCUUCGCGCCCAAGGACGAGCACGAGGCCCAGGUGCAGAUGGCCCUGGAGCGCGGCAUCCCGGCCAUCACGGCCGUCAUGGGCUCCAAGCGGCUCCCGUUCCCCAGCAAGUCCUUCGACCUCGUCCACUGCGCGCGCUGCCGCGUGCCCUGGCAUGCCGAUGGCGGCGCGCUCCUCCUCGAGCUCAACCGCGUGCUCCGUCCGGGGGGCCUCUUCGUCUGGUCCGCCACCCCCGUCUACCAGAAGCUACCCGAGGACACCGAGAUCUGGAAAGCGAUGUCGGCGCUGACCAAGUCCAUGUGCUGGGAGCUGGUGACGAUAAAGAAGGACCGGCUGAACGGCGUGGGGGCGGCCUUCUACCGGAAGCCGGCGUCGAACGAGUGCUACGAUGGCAGGAGGCGGCAGGCGGCGGCGCCGAUGUGCGGCGCCGAGGACGACCCCGACGCGGCGUGGUACGUGCCGCUCAACUCGUGCAUGCACCGGGUGCCGACGGGGCCCUCGGAGCGCGGGGCCAAGUGGCCGGCCGAGUGGCCGCGCCGGGUGCGCACCCCGCCCAACUGGCUCAACUCGUCGCGGCCCGGCGUGUACGGGAAGCCGGCGCCCGAGGACUUCGCCGUCGACUACCAGCAUUGGCGCAGGGUUAUCGACAAGUCCUACCUCAACGGCCUCGGCGUCGACUGGUCCAGGGUCAGGAACGUCAUGGACAUGAGAGCCGCCUAUGGAGGGUUCGCGGCGGCGCUUAGAGACCAGAAGAUCUGGGUGAUGAACGUCGUCAACGUCGACGCGCCGGACACGCUGCCCAUCGUCUACGACCGCGGGCUCUUCGGCAUCUACCAUGACUGGUGCGAGUCAUUCAGCACCUACCCGAGGACCUACGACCUUCUGCACGCCGAUCACCUCUUCUCAAAGAUAAAGGAGAGGUGCCCGGUUCUGCCCGUGAUCGUGGAGGUGGACAGGAUCGUGAGGCCAGGCGGCAGCAUCAUCGUGCGCGACGAGUCCGGCGCCGUCGGCGAGGUGGAGAAGCUCUUGAGGUCGCUUCACUGGGACGUGCGGCUGACCUUCUCCAAGAACAAUGAAGGGGUGCUGUUCGCCGAGAAAUCAGAUUGGCGGCCGGAGAUGGUCGACGAGCCAACUUAAAAUCAUGUCCUGGCCAGGCCUGUUCAGGAUCACAAGCAACUUCCAUACACCCAAAGAUAGAUAGGACUUUUCUCUUCUUUUCUUCUUCUUUUUUGCAUUAUUUCGUUGGUUAGUAGUACAUGUUAUAGUUUGGUGGCAAUUAACUAUAAAUAACGCACCCAUCAGCAAUGUUAGUAAAUUGUUCCGGCAUGUAGUAGUGUGUACCUAAGACUCAUGCAGAGAAUUGAUAUGAUUGCAGAAGCUAAUAGUUUGUCAGUUUACAGAUCUAUGCCAAGUUUAUAAGAUCA